AUGAUCACCGCCGGCGCCGUGCGCAACCGCUUCCCCGAGCUGCUGGAGAAGCGCGUGUGCCUGCUGAUUGCGCACCCGGACGACGAGGCCAUGUUCUUUGCGCCCACGGUGCUGGCGCUGGCGCGGCCCGAGACGGGCAACCACGUCAAGAUUCUCUGUCUGAGCUCAGGGAACUCGGAAGGCCUCGGCGAAGUCAGGAAGAAGGAGCUCGUGCAGAGCGGCCUGGCGCUGGGCCUGCGAGACGAGUCCGACGUCUUUGUCGUCGACAACCCCAAGGACUUCCCCGACUCGAUGACGACGCACUGGGACGAGACCAAGAUCGCCACCCUCCUCACCAAGGCCUUUGCGCCGCAGCUGGCGCGCCAGCGGGCCGAAAACGCCUCCGAGCCCACGGCCAACAUCGACGCCCUCAUUACCUUUGACGGCCGCGGCGUCUCGUCCCACCCCAACCACAUCUCCCUCUACCACGGCGCGCGCGGCUUCGCCAGGGCCCUGACCGAGGGCAAGCCCGAGUGGAAGAGCCCCGUCGACGUCUACACGCUGGGCACCGUCGGCCUGCUGCGCAAGUACUCGGGCGGCCUCGACCUCUUCACCACCAUCGCCUCGACCCUCUUCUCGCGCGGCGGCCAGGACCCCGAGCACCCGGAGAGGCUCGUCUACACCAACAACCUGUUUGGGUCCGAGCCCAAGCUGGGCACCGCCUGGCAAGCCAUGACGACGGCGCACAAGAGCCAGAUGGUCUGGUUCCGAUACCUGUGGCUGGGAUUCAGCCGGUAUAUGCUCGUCAACGACCUGCGACUGGAAAAGGUGGACCAGGAGCAAUAA